AGCAUCUAUGUAGAUGUUCUUUCCUCCUUUUGUGCAACACCCCUUCCCUCCUACAGACCACCCAAAGCCCUAUAAAUAAUCCAAGGACUGUAUUUUUCCUCCAGAUUUCUCUUCAGACCUCAAAGGAAAAUUAUCAGGCAAAGGAAGGGAGAGAGGGAGAAGAGAAAGUGAGGAGGGGAGAGAGAGAGAGAGAGAGAGAGCAAGAGGAAAGAUGGCUAGUGAAUUCAGAAAGAAAAUCUUCUGGAGGGCAGUGGUGGCCGAGUUCCUGGCCAUGAGCCUUUUUAUUUUUAUCAGCAUUGGCUCGGCUCUGGGCUUCAACUUCCCCGUGGUGGCCAACAAAACAUCGACGAGGUCUCAGGACAACGUGAAGGUUUCCCUGGCUUUUGGGUUAUCCAUUGCUACCAUGGCACAGAGCGUGGGCCACAUCAGCGGGGCACACCUGAACCCUGCUGUCACCCUGGGGCUGCUGCUCAGCUGCCAGAUCAGCAUCUUCAAGGCGCUCAUGUACAUCCUCGCCCAGUGCCUGGGGGCAGUGGUGGCCACAGCCAUUCUCUCGGGAGUCACCUCCUCUCUCCCAGGAAACUCCCUGGGGCUUAAUGCUCUUUCAGAGGGAAUCAACGCAGGCCAAGGGCUGGGAAUCGAGAUCAUUGCCACCUUCCAGCUGGUGCUGUGUGUCCUGGCCACCACAGACCGGAGGAGGAACGACGUCUCGGGGUCGGCGCCCUUGGCCAUUGGUCUCUCCGUUGCCUUGGGGCAUCUUCUGGCUAUUGAUUACACCGGCUGUGGGAUUAACCCAGCCAGAUCUUUCGGCUCAGCGCUCAUCGGCAACAACUUUGAAAAUCACUGGAUCUUCUGGGUUGGGCCAAUCAUUGGAGGAGCAAGUGCUGCCCUGAUUUACGACUUCAUCCUGGCGCCCAGAACCAGCGACCUCACCGACCGCAUGAAGGUGUGGACCAGUGGCCAAGUAGAAGAGUAUGACCUGGAAGGGGAUGAUAUGAACUCCCGGGUUGAAAUGAAGCCAAAAUAAAGAAGGGCAUGGAGAGAAGGGGAAAAAAAAAAAAAA